GGGCACUUUUUGGAGGAGGUGUGAGUCUGUCACUGGGAUAAACUGCCCCCACCCCCAUGUCCACACCAGCCCACUCCCACCCACACUCUUUGGUCAAAAGAGUGCAGAUGGGAAGAAGUCUGAGAUCCAUUGCUUUAUGAAGCAUCACUGUCCAAAUGCUGGGUUCCUUUCCUACCAGUUUCAAAUAAUUAUCCAAAGAGAGUCUUAUGACUUCCAUUUAUAGAGUUUAAAUUAAUCCAGUCCCUAAACAUUGUUUUGCUUUGAAUUUAAAAACGUUUAUUUACUUUUCGGUAGGUAAUAUUUGUAAAAGCAACAAAAUACAAAGGAGAGAAAAAUGAAAAUAAGCCCUCUUCACACCCCAGCCAAAUAUUCUUCUGAGUUUUCUCCUUAUUUGCAUUUUGUAAGAGGUAAUUCAGCUGCCCUGCAGUCUGGGAAUCUAGUUUUCUUACCAACUAAGGGAAAGAAGUAACAUGGAAAAUAUGGAAUAGCAGUCUGUGAAAAUCAGCCUGAAUUGACCGUUUUGGAUCAGGAGUUUGACAAAGCCAGUGCACAGAAAGUGCAGCAGUUGUUCUGGGAGGUCGAGGAAAUGUUGUUUGAAGGGAAAGUAAGCCCUCAGACCCAGAAUCUCCAGGCUGAGUGCCGUGAAUGGGCGGGCAGGUCCCUGCAUCUGAGAGUAUUAGGGAGACAGCUCAUCCCGCCCGCUGAUGAAGGAGUUGAGCAUUUCCAGAGCAGCGGGCCUGCUUCUGCCAUCCACGGACCCUGCCCUGGUGACUGUGGACACAGCAGCAACAUCAGAGAGCUGUGCAUCUCUGGCUCGCAGAUAAUCCCGGCUGUGCUCUCAGCGCCCUGGCUGCUGGGUCCUGAUGAUACCAGGGCUGUGGACCUCAUGGCACGUUCCUCUCUGGAAGAAGAGGUUUUUGAUGUGGAUGGAAAGAUUGAAGAGUAUUUUGCUUUUGACAGAAAACAAGAUGACGAGGACUGUCUCGAACAAAAACCAGCUCGUCGUCGCGGGACGUGGCAUAAGCGCGGACUUCCUCCCGUGUCGCCGCACGCCUGUAUCAGAGACGCGGUGGCAGCCGAAGUGUUUGACCACGUCUGGACGAAUGUGGUGGAGGUGUUGGAAAAGCUGACCAGAAAAAACUGGGAACUUACCCUUACAGAAGGAAAAAAACAGAAAGAAAAAUUGAAAGUAGCUGAGAAUAAAUCUCCACCCGCAGUCAUUUCCCGUAUUAACGCUGAUGUGUCCAGUGUUCCGCCAUCCAGAAGUUCAGAAACUCGAAGUAUAUCCCUGGCUUCUCAUCUUAACCCACCUCAGAUACAUCGUUUCUCCAACAAUUUUUAUAGUGACUUGAAUGGUGUGAUGACAAUUCAAGCAAAACCACUUCAGCAGAGACCUACUUAUUUUGCAGAUAGAACACAGAGUGAGCAGGAGGACAAACCACUGGGUGUAGGAUCCACUGUUGUUUCCUCAGCCCCAAACCGUCUGGCCCGGAUCACGGAUGCUCGUGGACCACAGACCUCCGCAAAGAAAACGCUGGCACACAGGAGGCUGCCUUCUCUUACCUCAGACUCCCAGAGACUAAAAAUCCCCAGUGUGUACAGUGAUGAAGUUCUUAGGGGGACAAAACUGCAAACUGGCGUGGACCGUAUGGGUUCCCCAUCUACUCAAACCUCACGGAGUAGGUUGCCCCCAAUAGGCUCAGAGACUGGAGAGCACCACGUGGCAGGUCCUGGAUCGCGCCCUGUUUCCCUCAGAGGAAGACAGCUACAAAACCAUGGGUUGAGUGCAUUACCUGAUGGUGUAGAACGGUCACCUCUUCGAGAAAGAUCUCUAACGAUGGAACAGUUUUCAAGGCCCAGCACCACCCAUACAUUUCGGUCAGAUACACCUCGAAAAGGUUCAUUGACACUGAUGGAAUUUGCUGGGCACAUGUGGACAGGUCAAGGCUUUUUAACAGGUUCACAGUAUCCACCCAAAUCUUUUCAGAGGACAACACUGACUCUAAGAAAGAGAUUCCAAGUGGCCUCCUGAUGUGACGUCACCAGAACUACAACCCAUCUGAAGCAUGCAAAGCCUCACCACACCAUUUAUCACUUGAAAAAUGGAAGAAGUAUUAUGUUAUGUAUCUGACAGUCCAAGAUGUUAGACUGCCUGAGAGAAAUGCAAACAAAUAAACAAUUUAAUUUUGAACACUU